AUGGCCAGCAGCAGCGCAGCCGUCGACCACCAGGCCGUCGUCGGCGACCUGGAAAAGCAGUUUCGGGCGCUGCUGAGGGGCCGCAACUCGUCGAAACGGAAAAGCGGGCAGCCGGCCGACGCGAAGAAGGAGCUGACGAUCAAGCUGCGGUAUAAGAGCGAGAAUACGAAGCACGGCAGCAACAUCAUGGUAGCGAUCACGAACCAGAAAGAGCUGGACACGGCUGUGCAGAUGGUCGACCGAACGGGGCAGAAGAACCUCUACAUCAUCCUGUCGAUGCACGAGGGCUCGUCUAGACAGCCGCUAUCGAUGAUGCCCGAUGAGUCCGGCGUGUAUACAUUGAGGGUAAUCGAAGUGCCCUACACGAACAACACGCCCGAGCCGGCCGUCUCGACGCGCAUGCUCAGCGCGGCCAGUUUGGACAGCGGUGCCGGAUCGUUUGGAGCUAGCACCUCCAAUCAACCGACGCUGCCCGUCAAUUGGCGCAAGGGCAGAUCGCUGGGUCGUGGAGCUUACGGAGAGGUAUUUGUCGCCUACGACAUGGACACGUCGCGUGAAAUCUGCCUGAAGCACAUCCUCAUCUCCUCCGAUGAGACGUCGCGGCGGGACCUCAGCUCGUUCGAGACGGACGUCAUUCGAUUGGCGCAGAUACAACAUCCGCGCCUCGUCCGCUACCUCGGCGUCUCCACGAUGCCCACCGACGUGCUGAUUUUUAUGGAAUUCAUGACCGGCGGUUCCGUCAAGGACCUGAUCAACCAGUUCGGGAAUCUCAGCGAGAAGGUGGCCGAAAAGUACGCGCGCCAAGUGCUCGAAGGGCUCAUCUUUUUGCACGAGGAAAUGAUCGCGCAUCGCGAUAUUAAGAGCGCCAACCUGAUGCGCGACAUCAACGGCAGCGUGAAGAUUGGGGAUUUCGGCUCGGCCAAGCAGCUACAGGCUCUCGCAACUCAACGCGGCUCCUGCGGCGGCACUCCGCACUAUUUGGCCCCGGAAGUGGUCCUCGGCGAGAAAGAUGCUGGCCGUCGAGCGGAUAUCUGGAGCCUCGGGGUGACGCUCGUCGAGAUGGUGACUGGAAGUGUGCCGUAUCGGAAGCUCCCCGACAUGGAAGCAACGCUAAAAAUUGCCUUCGAAGAGCCACAGUCGGAAUUGCCGGAAAAGAUUAAUCCCACGCUGCGGACGCUGGCCAGGCUGUUGAUGACGAAAAACUACGACGACCGGCCGACGGCUCGCCAAAUCUGGGAAUCGACCGUCUGGACGGUGCCGGAU